AUGGUGAAUAUUAACGUCGCUUGCUCGACGGCACAUUACGCCUACCUCAGCAGUGGUGGCGAAACAAUGGACCUGGUCACUUUCAUUUUCCGCCAUAAUUAUGCGUGGAAACACGGUUCCUCGGCUGCACCACUCAAUAAAGAGCUCUCUAGAGCCAGGUCUCAUCUUCGUCUUCGAUUUGCUCGCAAUCCAGUUGCAACACGCCGAUCCGUUCAUCAUGCAGCCCUGGUCUUAGCCAUAUCCCGCGACUGCACCAGCUUCACACCAUGCGAAACCAUGCGUGUAUUUUUCUCAUUCGCUUUCCUUCUCGCUUUUGUCAAGUUUUUCCCUUUUGAUGAGGGCCCAGUGGCUACACAUGGAGCCUCGACGAUAAGAUUGGAUGAGUCGCCUCUGGAGCAGAUUCGGACAGGAGAUUAUCAUGGGAAGGUAGGGAAAUGGAUAGAGCACGGUGGACCUGCCUCUCUUGGCUCAGUGGAUAAUAUUUGUGAUGCACAUAGUCUUGGCACUCUUAGAGAAGAUGCUCUCAAGGCUAUGGAUCAUCUUAGAGUAUGGGGGCUGGCAAAGAAGUUUCAUCGGGUCUUGAAGAGCUUCAACAAUGAUUGA